UGUCAGUUCGUUCCGCUGUAAAUCAUACAGAGAGGAAGCAAACUGAUACAAAAAUCGCAUUCGCAUCGUUGUAAAGACGAAAAUUCGGUGGAAAAAGCAGCACUAUUCGAGCGAUGGAUGUUUCCCAGUCGCUCGGGGAUGAUUUGCUGGAUGUUCCAAAUGGCGAUCCGGCAACGUAUUGCAGGUUGUGCUUGUCCGAUAUCGACGUGGAAGAACUAUUUCCCGAUGGCCAGGGACCGCGACAAGAGCUAAUUGAGCGCAUUCAUGAGUGCACCGGUAUUUUGAUCACCCUGGACGAGGACUAUCCGUCGUCGGUAUGUUGGAUGUGUUCCCUCUCGUUGGAGGAGUUUCAGUGCUUUCGGGAGCGAUGCCAUCGUUACGAUAUUCUGAUACGUCGGAAAAGGAAGGAGCUUUGUCUGGGUGGAACAAUCGCUGCGGUGAACCAUGGCUAUGAAGUGGUUAUGGAGGAUGACGAUGAUGAUCCGGAUCAGGACGAUCCAGAAGGACCAUUGCUUCGUAUUUCCUCGAUCCAGGAACGAUUUGAUGCGAUCGAAGAUGAUUUGUCCAAUGAAAGUUUGUUGGAACCUUCGUCCUAUCAGCCAGUGGAGAGAGAUAUGAAACCAGAUCAAGAAACGUUGACUGCUUACGCGGAGCAUUUCAAAGCAGCCGGUAAUGCAUCCGCUGGGCGCGACACUAACCAUGACGAUCCUGAACGACCAUUCAAGUGUACUCUCUGCACGCGAACCUUUAAAAAUCGUGCGAACCUCUGGGAGCACAACCGACUCCACACGGGUUUGAUGCCUUUUUCAUGCAACGAUUGUGGAACCACUUUCAGUAGGUAUAAAUCACUGAUGGCGCAUAAGGAAAAAUAUCAUUCGAAGAACUCAACCGAGGAUCCGCCGCUGAGACUGAAGUGCAACUUCUGUCCCCGUGUUUUCCCUCGUAAAGGAGAUCGUACACAACACAUGAAGAUGGGUCAUCCGGAUCAGUAUGAUCCCAGCGAGAAAGCAGCUGGAGACACACCAACGCCUUCCCUUCCCCAGGAGAGAUCGACCCCUUCAGCUAGGCGUGUUAGUGCGGCGACGUCCGAAAGCAUUAGCGUGAAAAAAGCAAACCCAAGUCCCGUGACGAACUCUGUGGUGGCGCGCUUCUGCUGUAAUAUGUGCCUAAGCAGUUUCGAGACGGCUGAACUUCUGGAGGAGCAUGUAGGAUUAAUGCACCCGAAAGAUGGCAUAUUGACUUGUCCGUACUGUCCCAAGACCUUUAAAGCGAGACCAACUCUACGCAUGCAUAUACUCAAUCACCAGGGCAAACUUCCGUACAAAUGUGACGACUGUGGCUCGCGCUUCGAUCGCAGAUUCUAUCUCGUGAAGCAUCGGGAACGGUACCAUACGGGAGAAAACCGUAAAGUUAUCCACUGUCGGUUCCGAUGUAAGUUCUGUCCUCGUCUGUUUCAGCGUAAGAUCGAUCGCAAAACGCAUACCCGCAUGGUGCACUCGAAGGAGAUCCGAGUAAAAAAGGAGAAGGUCGAUCAAAUUCUGAACGAUACUCGAACAAAGGAAGAUGACGAUGACGAUGAAGAGGAGGAGCAAGUAGUGGUGGUGAAACGUGAAAAAUCACCAGUUCCGAAAAUGAGGAAGUCUCUUCCUGCGAAUCCCAGCAAUGAAUGCGUCCAUUGUGGAGAACACUUUCCAACCGCAGCUAUGCUCCGCGAACAUAUUGAUGACCAGCAUCUGAAAAAGGGGAAGGAUGUGAAGCCUGUGCUUUCGAAGGUGGCGAAGAAAACAAAUUCAGCCAAAACGACACUGAGCGCAAAACGUCCCUACAAGUGUCCGUAUUGUCCGAAAACGUUCACACAGAAUUAUGUCAUGAAGGAACACACGUUCAUCCACACCGGAUCGCUACGUUACCGAUGCGACGAGUGCUUGGCCAUGUUCAAUCGUCCCCACUACCUGCGGCAACACAAGCUCAAAUAUCAUUCCUUGAACUCCAAUUUUCGGGCGCUUAAGUGCCGUUUCUGUUCGCGAAGUUUCGUCCGCAAGCAGGACAUCAAAAUCCAUGAGAGGAUCGCUCAUGAUGUAAUCGAUGAGAGCGAGCCCGCGGAGCGAGAAAUUCUGGACGAUAGUUUCAACGGGAGCGCAGAUAAUACGCUUGACUAUGAGGGCGGAAGUAAAGACGGGGGCAAACGUGACCGUAUCACCGGUUACCGGAAAAAGACGGAGGUUGGAAGAAAGGAUCCGGUGGAAGAUGAUGACAUUGAGGAAAUUGAUGAUGAGAACGAUGAGGACUAUGUGGUAGAUGACGACGAAUACGAUGAGGAGGAAGGAGAUGAUGGGGCGAGCGAGAUCGACGGGGACGAUGACGAUGAGGACAAUGGUGGCAUCACUGAUAAUGGAACCGAGGAUAAUAGAAUAUCAAACUCGGCUGAGGAUCCGGAAAUUCGUGACGUGGUGGUAACGCUGGAGCGCAUCCCUCAGGACGUUUUGCAAUCUUUGGACAACUCCAACGAGGACGAUUGCGCGGAGUCCAAUGCUGAGUCGAACGACAACGACGGAGAGGACGAUGACCAGUCUACAAGCGAUCGAUCGGCGGGAAAACCACGGCUCAAUGUCGGCAUAACACUGCACCGCUGUCCGAAGUGUUUCAAGGUGUUCAAGACACGCAAAUCGUUGAAUCAUCACAUGAUCUACCACCAGAGUCAGUUGCCGUUUUCGUGCGAUGAAUGCGGGGUGCAGUUCGCCCGCAAUCGGCCGCUUCAGGUGCACAAAAAGCGCUACCACUCGGAAGAUGCUCCCUACGUUGGUCAGCGAUUCAGUUGCGAUUACUGUCCGAGAAUCUUUCUUCGCGAUCGGGACAAGAUCUUUCACCAGAGAACCGUACACAUCAUGGAGCGGAAUGUGCUCCGCGAUGAAGGCACACCGGAAUUGAAAAAAGCAAAAAUAAAAAGACGAAUGGAUUUCGUUUGUAUCGUUUGUUGUCAGCGCUUCCUGACAGAGAAGACCUGCCAGCGUCACAUUAAUGAUUUUCAUCCCGCGGAAGCAUUGCCCAAAAGUUCUACACCAGUGUCAACUGAGCUAGCAACUCCGAAAAUGGACCCAGACAUGGAACAACUCGAGGACCCUAAGCAGACCAUUUCGCCACUUCCAGCGUCGACACCGCCACAGCCGCCACCACUAUCGCUUUUUAAUGCCGGCGUGAAACCGUACAGACUGUGUCGCUGCACAACGUGUGUGGCAAUCUUCAAAGACCAAGACAACUGGACAGCCCACAUCAGGACUCACUCGAAUGUACGUCCGCAUCACUGUGAGCCAUGUCUACUGAAACGAAAAAGUCGUACGAACCGCAAAAUAACCUCAGUUGGCUUCAAGUGCCAGUACUGUCCGAAGGUAUUCAACAAAGCGAGUUCUUUGCGUGUGCAUCAACGGCUGCACACCUCGGAACUGCGUUUCCCCUGCGAUGAGUGCGGCAUGAUGUACGAUCGCUACCGAUUGCUGCAGGCCCACAAGGAACGCUACCACUCCGAGGACGCGAUGCAGACUCCUCUGGAAACCUUCCGUUGUGUGUACUGUCCGAGGACCUUCAUGCGGCAGCGUGACUGCAACUAUCACCAGGAAUCGGUGCAUGCGAUGUGAUGCAGUGGCGUCACUAUUUUCCCUCGGAACAUUUGAUGGUGAAGUAUUUUAAGUAUUAUAGUGAAUACAUAAAGCAACACAACAGAAAAUUUUUAUUAUUAUGCAGACUAUUUUAAAUGCUUUUUUUUAGUUUUCUUUUUCAAUAUAUAGACUAUGUUAUGAUUUGUGAUAAGGAGAAUUUCAUGGUACCAGACGACACAUUUAUAUCAUCCUUCCUUCAGAGAAACUAUUCUGUACUCUCCCUCAAAAUUCCUGCUUAAUACUUAAUAAA